AUGUUCUCCCAGGCACUCACACUAUAUGAAAACAGACAGUACAAAAAGAGUUUGAGGAAACUCAGACAGGGUGGUGGCAACACUGGCACCACCGGAGGUGGUGCUAGUGCCACUACUGCUGCCGCCCUCCUAGAGUCUAUCCUCCUUGCAGAACUAGGAAAACCUCACUCGCACCCAGAGUCCCUCCUCAACAUCAAUAACAAGUCUGACAAGUCUGACUUGUUAUUUACAUAUUAUCUCCUAGCAGCAGGUCCGCCAGGACCUGCUGUCGCUGCUGAUGAUGCAGGGGCUGGAAAAGCAGGCACAGCAGAGACAGAUGUCUCUGUCGCUGUCGCUGCUGCAGGUCCUGGCGGACCUGCUUACCUACAUGGCGACUGCCAAAAGGCAGUCGCCACCUUGGAUAAGGUCGAGGUGAUUAUGGGGAAGGAGGAUUAUGAGGGGAGACAGUGUAGAAGGUUUAGGGAACACAUAGCCCACUCCCAUGGCUGGCGCCAUGGGAGUGAGACCAAGAAGCACCCUGCUAAAGAGCACCCUGCUGAAAAGCAGAGUGCUAUACACAAGAAAGACAAUGAGAGUGACAAUGAGAGUGACAUGGUGAGUGAUUUGGAGCAGAGCGGUAUGGCGAGUGCCCACUCCCAUGGCUGGCGCCAUGGGACUGGGCUUUUAGAGCAGGGGGAGGAGGAGUUGGUCCAGUACCUCAGUUACUAUAUCUCCAGAAAGGUCUUUGUCUAUCCGCUAGUAAAACACUUGAGAUCAGGGGUUAUGGACUUGGCAGUCAGAAGGCUCGCUUUGAUGGAGCCACUGCCCGCAGUGGAUCCAUAUCUAGCACACUUCCUCGCCCUCUACCAUAAAGACUUGCCUUUGAUCGAGGAGGCUAUUGCAUGGACUCCAACCUUGCCGGACUUGUAUGUCGUGAGAGCAAGACUCUUGAAGGGCAGGGCAAGGCAGAGCAACACCACUCUGGCAAGCCAGAGUGAUCUUGCUUCGGCUGCUGCUGCCAUAGAUACCGCUCGCCAUCUAGACCUUUCCGAUAGAUGGCUUAAUCAGAAAUGCGUAAAGUACUACUUGCUUCUGGGGAAUACCCCAGAAGCAAAAAGGGUCAUGCUGUGCUUUCAGAAAUGGGAGAUGGUUAAAGAGUUGCAGAUGGUAAGGACUAUACUAGACUUUUCUGAAGCAGCGAAGAGCUCUGCUCCUGAAGCAGCUGCGAAGGCAGCUGCUGAACAGCAACACCACCCCUCAGCAUCUGAAGCAGCUGCGAAGGCAGCUGCUGAACAGCAACACCACCCCUCAGCAUCUGAAGCAGCUGCGAAGGCAGCUGCUGAACAGCAACACCACCCCUCAGCAUCUGAAGCAGCUGCCUUCGCAGCUGCUGAACAGCAGGUAGGUACUACUCAAAGUACUCCUCAAGGUACUCCUCAAGAUGCUCAUCAAGGUACUGCUCCUUCUUCAUCACCAUCUGCUGCCGCAGAUGGUAAUGAAGCUAAGCAGAGUGCAUUACCAUCUGCUGCCGCAGAUGCUAAUGCAGUGGUGUCCAUCUUCUCAUCAUGGCUUUCAGACAUCUUCGACUUCCAUCUAUACUGCAUGAGACGUACUCCCUUGGAGUACCUCUACCUAAUGAGAUGGGCUCGUAACCUCUACAGCUCCCCCAUAUUUGUCCGCGCCAUGAAUGGCGCAGACCUGGCAACUUUGCAAUCCUUGCAUAAAGAGCUCGUCGAUCCCUCUUCUCUUGGUCAAGAAGAUAAUGAAAAGCUGCUACAAACUGUCAUGCCUCAGACGUCAAGUGUUACCAAUGUGGCCAAAUGGGACAUAUCUCGAAAGAGUGUGAGGCUAACUAACUCUGCUCCUGAAUUCACUGCGUAG